GCCAACGCCAAGCCACCACAAAGGCAAACGCAACCGACCACCACCACCUCCACCUCCGAUCCACCCACGCCGCGGGAAACCCUAGCGCCCCGUCGACGACGCCCUCCACCUGGUGCACGCGCGCGGGGUGGCGGCGGGGGGCGGAGGGACGGACGGCACCGCGCGGUAGAGGGAGAGCGGGAGCGGGAGCGCGCGCGUCGCACCGGUGGCCGAGCCGGGCCGAGCUGCGUCGCGGUGGUGCUCUUCCGCGGGCGGCGAGAUUCAGCCCUGAUCCGAGGAAGCAAUAUUUGUUGGGCCUCAAGUCAAGGAAGUCUUUUUCUCUCUAAAACAAGCCAAGGAAAAUUUCCAUGGGUCCAGCAAAAGGUUCUCGCACAAUUACCAAGAUCACAAUAAAGGGGUAUGACGAUCGACAGCAUGACGAGGAUCCAAAUAGUUCAAGCAAGGUUAAACUAAAAAAGAGAAAAAUGUCAGAUUUAGGUCCUCAAUGGAGCAAGGAUGAGCUUAUGCGCUUUUAUGAAGCCUACCGUCGACAUGGAAAAAACUGGAAAAAGGUCAGUGCAUCUGUGGGUGGAAAAUCAGCAGAUACAGUAGAAGCCCUUUACAGUGUGCACCGGACUUUCUUAUCUCUUCCAGAACGUGAAGGUACUGCCAUGGGAUUUGUUGCAUUGGUAACUGGUCAUCACAAUGUUUCGCAGGAUGAAUCCAAGAGUCAUAAAGGAAGUGAUCAAACAGUUAGAGCAUCUGGGAAGGUACGGAAACGUGAAGCUACAGGGCAGAAAGAGAAGGAAGCACCUCAUGCUCACCGCUCCUAUCAUGAAAGAAGAACUUCUGGAUUAUCUUCUUUCAAGAAAAGAUACUAUGGAGAACUUGUCAAGAACAUUCCAAGACAUCCUUCAGGGAAACGUACUCCUCGUGUACCAGUUAUUUUUCCUGCAGACAUGAAUGUUGCUCAUGCUGGCAUACCAGAAACAGAAAAUGCCAUCAACUGUACCAAAAAGGCUAGUGGAGCUACCAAUAAUGAGCUUGAAUGCUCAUCUCAUGGAAGUCCUGGAAUCUCAGAAUCAGCCAAGUUUGUUCAAGGCCAGACUUUCCUGGAAGCUAAAGGAACUGGAAGCUUGAAAAAGAGAAGAAUUGAGCAGAGUAUGGAACAAGGUCAGACAAUUAAAGAUGAGCAUAAAACCGCAAUGGUGGCUAAAGAAGGGAAUGACCUUACUGAAUAUCAGAGACUUACCAAUCUAUUUUCCCCAGAUGAGAUGUUGGUCUUAGAUGUCUUGGAGAGUUUAGUGACUGUACCCAGUAAAAUAUCAGAGCCUAAGAUUAAUAUUCCUUCAGGUACACUUGGAAGGGAUGAUUCUGCAUUGUCUCACAGAAGGGAGGAAGGUCCUUCAGUUAAGAGAUCCAAACAAGGGAAGCAAGUUGGUGAAUGCAGUGCCUCCAAGACAAGGAAUAAAAGGAGAAAGAAGUUAAUAGCUGAAGAGGUGCCUACUGAAGGAGUCACUUCUAAUCAUUUAGAUUUGCCAGAAGAGCGUCAAGUUGAUGCCACUGAGUGCGCCUUGAAUUCUGAUCUGGAAAGGGGAACAGUUGAUUUACCUGAAUCAACUGCAAAUAUUUCUACCAAAAUCCCUGAUUUGCCAUCACAAUUAAAACCUGAGAUAAAUAUGUCGAGAAGGAGCAAAAGAAAAUCCAAAAGUCCUUGUGGUUCUAAGUAUGUCGUUUGCAAUGGAGCAGAUAAUUUACAGGCUAGGAGAUUGCAGCAUUGCUUGUCAUCUGAGUCACUUCGUAGAUGGUGUACAUAUGAGUGGUUUUACAGCGCAGUUGAUUAUCCAUGGUUUAUGGAUAAUGAGUUUGUGAACUACUUGAAUUUUGCGAAUUUGAGCCAUCUGUCAAGGCUCACUCGGUCCGAGUGGAGCACAAUAAGGAGCUCACUUGGCAAACCCCGACGUUUUUCUGAUCAUUUUCUGGCAGCAGAAAAAGAUAAACUUGAAAAUUAUCGCAAAAAAGUUAGGCAAUACUAUGCUCUACUAAGUGAAGAUUCGUGGGAUUCUCUACCACCAGACCUAGCUCGACCAUUUUCAAUUGGUCAGCAGGUAAUCGUUCGUCACCCAAGUACGCGGGAACUUUGUGAUGGUAAAGUGGUGAUGAUGGAACAGGAUCGUUAUAAUGUCCAGUUUGAUAGGCCUGACCUUGGUGUUGAUGAAGUAAAGGACACUGAUUGUAUGCCUGUAAACUGGUUGGAUAAUCUGCCUGAUGACCUCAAAAAGAGGAGCUUCCUUUCAAAUAAUUCACACAACAGAGUAGAGGUUGAGCAAAUUCCAAAGUUUACUUCAAAAGAGAACUGGGAUCAUAUCAGCGGAGAGGCCGAGCCAUCCAAAACCAUGCACAUAACUUCAGAUGAACAGGUUGAAAUUGCUGUGGAUAUUGAAAGACUAUCCAACAAGAGUACAUCUGGUAAUUGUGGACCAUUACAGCCGCUCCAGUCUGUUGAUGACAAUGUACGGAGUAGAGGUUUGUCAGAGCACAGGAAUGGUCACAAUGAUGAGCUAGAUUCUUAUAUUACUUCCUUUGUCCAAAUGUCAUUGGCACAAGCCAAGCAGAUGGUUGACGAAGCCAUGAAGGAAAUCUCUGAGAAUGGUAAAAGUUCUCUAGAAGAAACAGGCAUAUCAAAUGAAGCGACGGAUUGUACAGGCCCAGAACCGGAAUCUGCUGCUAAUUCUGAACUUCCGCGCAACCUGAUAUUCAACUGCAUUGCCACGCUUCUUGCAAUCAAGCAUUUUAGCGAGGGCCGACAUCCACCUCCUAACAUAGCAGGCGUCCUGGAGCGUGCUUGCUUAAUGCUGCGACCAAGCUGUGCAGAGAACCUGCCCAUCUAUAACGAAAUAGAGAAUUUUAUCGCUGUCAUAAAGAACCAGAUACUAGCUCUUGUGCCAUCGGCAUCAAGCAAUGCCAGGCUACCCAUGUACAUGUAAAUACUUCCAGGCUUCCAGCAGACGAAGAGGCGGUGCCUGGUUGCUUGAUGUCGAGAAGAAUUGAUGAAUCCAUAGCGUCUGGGGGAGGUUUGAAAAUGUAUGAGCUUGGAUCUACAGCAUCAGAAGACGGCGGGUCAUCGUUGACUGUCCAGCUCUCUUCUAAACUGUGUAUAAACUCUUUAGAGGAAUAAGCUCUUACAGUUUUUAGUUUCAUAGAUUUCUCAAUAUGGUUUUAGGAAUGGAGGAAUCGACAUUCCAGUUGUAGUUAAUAAUAACGAUUCCUACAGUCAUGAAUACAUUGUCCAGUUGAUUCACAGAGAACACCAUCUUGAUAGUUAAUAGAUUUUACUUAAAUGAAAAAA